ACUCAUCCUAUUCGAUCUUCAAUUACACAACAUCUUAAUGCCAUUUUCAUUUGAUAGGAGCCGAUUUCGUCCUGGCAAUCUUUGGUCUUUGUGAUCCUUCAGCCUAAUUGAAGCCCUUUUGCUUCCCUAAUUUCUGACUACCUAUCUACUACCCAAUUGUAGCGUUGUAGCGUAGGAGGACAAGGCAGGCACACAGCCUUGAUGCGAGUGUACUCCGACCUCUAACUACGAGCCGUAUGGAAUUCGACCAAUUCUAAGUAUCGGCUUAAUAUCGCCGCCGCGCUUAUGCGUGUUACAUGUCUGUUUAGCUCGGCCGCGGAGGUAUUCGUAUAGAAUACAUCCCCAUUCGUGUGCAUUCGUUCUUCCGAUUGUAGCGAUCUCGUACAUACGUCUUAGACCUUAGACAGUAAUUCAUCUAUCACAAGAAAAACGAGCAAGGCAACCCAAGUCACAGCCAAACUGCAACAGACAGAAAGAAAACCACAAGUGACAUCACCCAUGUCUUUCACUCUCUCGCAAACAUUCUUAAGACUUGGCGUCAGCCGCCAUUUCAAUCCAAGAAUUCUCUCAGCAUCCUCACUUCUCACCAUCAACAUCUACAACAACAACAAUCUUGACAUAUAUUCGUCUCGUUCGCCUUCUAAAAACUCUACACAACAACUAAGAUACUUUACACAGACCAGAAGCAAGAUGUCGGCCACCAACAACGCUGCCUGGAUCAAAGCGGCUAAGAGCCACCCCUUUGUGGUCGAGCCCGCUCCCGUGUGGACUCCCGAGGCUAACGAGAUUCUGGUCAAGAACCACGCCAUCGCUAUCAACCCCGUUGAUGGCUCUCUUCAAGCUGCCGGGUGGUGGCCUCUAAAUUACCCUACCAUGCUUGGACAGGAUUGUGCUGGUGUUGUCGCUGCUGUUGGUCCCGGUGUCACCUCUUUCAAGGUUGGCGACCGUGUCGUCGGUCAUGCCGUCGGCAUGGCCACCAAGCGUGACCAGGACAACGCUUUUCAAGAGUACACCAUCGUGCAAACUAACAUGGCUGCUCAUCUUCCCGACCAAAUUGCCUAUGAGAAGGCCGCUGUUCUCCCUCUAGCCAUGUCUACCGCUGCCUGCGCUCUGUACCAGGACACCCACCUCAAGCUUCAGCUCCCCACUGUUCCCCCACAGAAGCCUACUGGUAAGACCUUCAUCGUCUGGGGUGGUGCGUCUGCCGUUGGUAGCAACGCCAUUCAGCUCGCCGUCAACUCUGGCUAUGAAGUCAUCACCACCGCCUCCCCCAAGAACUUUGAGUACACCAAGAAGCUCGGUGCCAGCCAGGUUUUCGACUACGCUAGCCCCACCGUCCAGAACGACCUUAUCAACGCCUUGAAGGGCAAGACUAGCGCUGGUGCCCUUGACUGCAUUGGUGGCGCUCCCCAAGGAAUCCUCCAGCAGGUUCUAGCCAAGUCCGAGGGUGUCAAGGCUGUUGCCUCAACCAAGCGGGGCUGGCCCGAACCCCCAGAGGGCGUCCAGAUGUACUCCAUCUUCGGCACCACUCUGAAGGAUAACUUCGUCGGAAAAGCUAUCUACAACGACUUCCUACCGGCGGCUCUGGCGGCUGGCACUUAUACCCCCGCGCCCGAGCCCAUCAUCGUUGGCAAGGGUGUUGGGAAGAUCCAGGAGGCCGUCGAUCUUGUGAAUAAGGGCGUCUCAGCUGCUAAGCUCGUUGUUACUGUGUAAAUUGAGGUAUACCCACGUUGGAUGAAACUGUUGGUUGGUUUGGAAUGUACGACGGAGUUGGAAUUAUGGGUUUCUAGUAUACAUAUGCCACACGAUCCACCAUACCCCAGGCUACCGGGAUGGAAGGCGUCAGUAGAGCUCUAGGGCCUUGUCAUUAGACAAAAGUUUUGGUAUAUAGGAAUUUAAAUAUUACAAAGCCUAA